CAGCAUCGUCUGAUCCUCCGUGAUGAAGGAAACAGCCAGGAGGCGGUGUCUUAUCAGAGCCCAACAUUAAACAUAUCUGACGUCUAUAUCUCCAUCAUCAUCAUCGACUCUCAAUGUCCGAAUAACUCUUUGCAUUUCCGUUCCUCUUCAUGCUAUCAUUUUCCGUCAAAUUCGCGUUGUUUGUCUGUUUACCUUUGUCUUCAGGGAUCUGAAGUUUGGCUCAGUUUGCGCAACCGGUGUGUGAACUCGUCGCGGCGCGCUGACCGAAACAGCCAGCCCGAUCCGAUCGCCGUCCAAACGUGAUUGUUUUGACACCAGGGGAUUUCAUAUGAGCGUGCCUCCGGUAAUCCGACCGCCGAGCCCCCUCCCGGGGUCGCAAGGCAUUUCUUUCCAGAUCCAGAUCGGGUUGAGCCGGGAACCCGUCCUGCUGGACUCCGGGGAGUUCAGCCUGGCGCAGGUCCGAGAGAUGGCAUGCUCCAUCGUGGACCAGAAGUUCCCGGAAUGUGGCUUCUAUGGGAUGUACGACAAGAUUCUUCUGUUCCGGCAUGAUCCGAACUCGGACAACAUUCUGCAGCUGGUGAGGUGCGCCGCCGAAAUCAUGGAGGGAGACCUGGUGGAAGUCGUCCUGUCAGCCUCAGCUACUGUGGAGGAUUUUCAGAUCAGACCCCACUCGCUCUUCGUUCACUCAUAUCGAGCGCCAGCGUUCUGCGAUCACUGCGGAGAAAUGCUGUGGGGUUUAGUGAGACAGGGUCUGAAGUGUGAAGGCUGUGGGCUUAACUACCAUAAACGGUGUGCCUUUAAAAUUCCAAACAACUGCAGUGGCAUCCGUAAACGUCGACUGUCCAACGUGUCCCUCACCGGACUGAGCAACACUCGCUCCAUAUCUGCUGAUCCAUCUCCUUGCACCUCUGAUGAAGUUUUACUGUCUCCUGUCAGUCCUAGCAUGGAGCAAAAAACGCCAUCUGACAUCUUUCCUGGAAGAGGCCGUUCCAACUCCCAGUCCUAUAUAGGUCGACCAAUAGAGUUAGACAAGAUCCUGCUCUCUAAAGUGAAGGUGCCGCACACAUUUGUCAUCCAUUCCUACACACGGCCCACAGUUUGCCAGCACUGCAAGAAGCUUCUCAAGGGUCUUUUUCGUCAGGGACUGCAAUGCAAAGAUUGCAAAUUCAACUGCCAUAAACGAUGUGCACCCAAAGUGCCAAACAACUGCCUCGGAGAGGUGUCAAGAAAUGGAGAUUUGUUGAGUCCUGGUGCUGAAUCAGAUGUGGUCAUGGAGGAAGGCUGUGAUGACCAUGAUGGUGAAAGACACAGUCCACUUACCGAUGAUAUGGAGGAAUCCCUUGUGGCCGACUCAGCUGCAUUUUUGGAGGCUGGACAUGGUGAACUUGUCGAUUUUCAGGACCAGGACCCAGAUGAAUCCAAUAGAAUCAUCAGCCCUUGCACCAGCAACAACAUCCCACUUAUGCGCGUGGUUCAGUCUGUCAAACACACCAAGAGGAAAAGCAGCAAUGUUAUGAAAGAAGGAUGGCUUGUGCAUUUCACCAGCAAAGACACACUGCGUAAAAGACAUUACUGGAGACUAGACAGCAAGUGUAUCACCCUUUUUCAGAAUGAUACUGGGAGCAAAUACUACAAGGAAAUCCCCUUGUCUGAGAUGCUGUCUUUGGAACCAGCCAAAACCUUCAACCUGCUCCCCGAGGGUGCAAACCCACAUUGCUUUGAGAUUGCCACAACAUCUCUGGUGUAUUAUGUGGGAGAGAACCUGGCUCGAGCUGACGUGGGAACGUCUGGCUACGGAAGCAACGUACUUGUUAGCGGGGUGGGACAGGACGUGGCCCGCAUGUGGGAGAUGGCCAUCCAGCAUGCGCUUAUGCCUGUCAUCGCCAAGGGCAUAUCUCAUGGAGGCCAUCACAGCUAUCACAAGGAGGUCUCCAUUAGCAUCUCUGUAUCCAACUGCCAGAUCCAGGAGAACGUGGAUAUUAGCACCGUGUAUCAAAUAUUCCCAGAUGAAGUACUUGGCUCUGGGCAGUUUGGCAUUGUAUAUGGAGGAAAACACAGGAAAACAGGCAGAGAUGUUGCCAUCAAGAUCAUAGAUAAGUUACGUUUCCCAACCAAGCAGGAGAGCCAACUGCGCAACGAGGUUGCCAUCCUUCAGAACCUCCAUCAUCCUGGAAUCGUCAACCUCGAGUGCAUGUUCGAGACACCGGAGCGUGUCUUUGUUGUCAUGGAAAAGCUCCAUGGCGACAUGUUAGAGAUGAUACUGUCAAGUGAGAAGGGGAGGCUGCCAGAACGCAUCACCAAGUUUCUCGUCACGCAGAUUCUGGUGGCACUUCGUCACCUUCACUUCAAAAACAUCGUUCACUGUGACCUCAAACCCGAGAAUGUUUUGUUAGCCUCGUCUGACUCUUUUCCACAAGUGAAGCUGUGCGAUUUCGGUUUCGCGCGAAUUAUCGGAGAGAAGUCUUUCAGGCGUUCUGUAGUGGGCACGCCGGCGUACCUCGCACCGGAGGUGCUUCGAAACAAGGGCUACAACCGCUCGCUGGACAUGUGGUCCGUGGGUGUCAUCGUCUAUGUUAGUCUCAGUGGAACGUUCCCCUUUAAUGAGGAUGAAGACAUCCAUGACCAAAUUCAAAAUGCUGCUUUCAUGUACCCACCCAACCCGUGGAAAACAGUGACUCCAGAAGCAAUUGACCUUAUUAAUAACCUGCUGCAAGUCAAAAUGAGGAAGCGUUACAGCGUGGACAAGUCUCUCAGCCAUCCCUGGUUACAGGACUACCAGAUGUGGUUGGACCUUCGAACUCUGGAGUGCAAAAUGCUGGAGCGAUACAUCACCCACGAAAGCGAUGAUUUACGCUGGGAGCAUUUCGCAGAACAAAAUGGCCUUCAGUACCCCGCCCACUUAAUCAACCCCCACGCUAAUGUAAGCGAAGAGGCGGAGUCUGAUGAGGCCGUGAUGAGCAUGCUCAGCGACCGAGUCAGUGUGCUGUAAAUUGCCGCCUGUCCCUUUAAGGGCACAAUGGAGCUUAAGCCAACUGUAUACAACAGCUAAAUCAACACUUCAAUCGAAUGCCUUGUGUUAACACAAUUUUAUUUAACAGCACAAUGCAGAUUAAGCACAAAUUUCAUUAAACACACAGUGCCUAAACCGCAAAAGCCAAACUAGCCAUACAUUGUGGAUCGAACAAUCAAAUAUAUUGCAACACAUUACAACUACGCUCAGACUUUAUACGCUGCACAAAUAUAAUAUUUGCAGGCUAUUUUGUUUAGAAGGACUGUCUGGUUUUGGAGAUUAACUUGUAUGUUUUUGUGCAAUUAUUCGGUACCAGAAGUAUUGUUUGUAUAAUUCACUCUAUAAUAUAUAUA